AUGGAGGUGCCGGGCCGCUGUCGCCUCGCCUCACUGCUGCUGCUGCUGGCUUCGUGCAUCGGCUGCACGGCCGCGCCGCGGAGGAGCAUCCCCCGGCGGCAAGAUAGACUGGGACCUCCUCUAGACAUAGUGCUAGAUUCGCUGAACUGCACAGCUUUCAGUGUGCAAUGGAGGAUGCCAAAGCAGCACGCAAGCACCAUCACAGGAUAUACAGUCUUCUAUUCAGAGGUUGAAGGUGACAAAGCAGUUAAGCAGCUCUCACACGAUGUUCCCCUGAGCCUGGAUAUGCUGAGCAUGGGUCAGCUUGAAGGACAAGCAAUUUUUGAAGUUGUUAUUGGAGAUUUGAAACCUGGCACCCCACAUCGCGUUAGCGUUGGAGCCUAUGGCUGGGCAGGGAAGGGACGACCCAGCAUGCCCAGAGAUGUCACAACCUUAUCCCAAGAUAACUGCAUGCCCCCUGCACCACCCUAUCAGCCCCAGAUUGUUGUUGUUUCUGAUUCAGAAGUUGCAUUAUCCUGGAAACCUGGGGACGGUGAAGGAAGCUCUCCCAUACAGUACUACAUGGUGGAGUUUAUCAGACCAGACCUUGACAGCAAUUGGACGGUAAUAAGAGAGCAGAUCCAGAUGGAGUCGAUGGUGCUCAAGGGACUUCUCCCAAAUACCAAGUAUCAGUUUGCCAUACGAGCAGCAAACUCCUAUGGAUCCAGCCCCGCCAGCACGCCGAGCGAUGUUGUCCGAACAUUCAGUUCUGAAGAGUUAGGAAGUGGAAGUUAUGGACAUCGUUAUAUCACAGAAACAGUCAAUGGUGAUGAUGAUGGAUUUGAUGUGGAUGACUCAGACUAUGACAUUUACAUAGAAGAGCUCAGACCGCUUCCUGCUAUCAAAGGAGGAAACAGAAAAUUUCUGGUUGAAACCAAGGUCGUGCCAGGGUCUAGCUCCAGGCUGCUGUCACGUGUCCUUACAACCACUUCUGAGCCCACCACUUCCACUCCCACCACCACACGACCUUCCACCACGGCCAGGGUGACAACAGCCAGGGCCAUGAGAAGGGGCAGCAUGUCCUCUGUCCCACGCCUCUUUGAUCUCUCCUGUGAUGAGACCAUCUGUUCUGCAGACAGCUUUUGUGUCAAUGACUAUGACCAAGGAGGCUCACGCUGCCACUGCAACUUGGGGAAAGGAGGGGAGACAUGCACAGAAGAUAUUACUAUUCAGUAUCCUCAGUUCUAUGGCUACUCAUAUAUUACCUUUGAACCACUGAAAAACUCCUAUCAGACAUUUCAAAUUACCCUUGAAUUCAGGGCUGAAUCAGAAGACGGUUUGCUGCUCUACUGUGGGGAAAAUGAACAUGGCCGUGGCGAUUUUAUGUCUCUGGCAAUCAUCCGACGGAGCAUCCAGUUCAGGUUUAACUGUGGCACUGGAGUUGCAGUCAUAACAAGUGAAAACAAAAUCAAACUGGGGAACUGGCACAGUGUCACGGUCUUCAGAGACGGGCUGAAUGGCUGGCUCAGGAUGGAUAAUGACGCUCCAGUCACAGGAAAAUCUCAGGGCCAAUAUAGUAAGAUUACCUUCCGGACUCCCUUCUACGUUGGCGGUGCCCCCAGUGUGUAUUGGCUGGUCAGAGCCACAGGCACCAACCGUGGAUUUCAGGGCUGUGUUCAGUUGCUCAGCAUUAAUGGGAAAAUGAUUGAUAUGAGACCCUGGCCUUUAGGGAAAGCUCUCAGUGGUGCUGAUGUAGGUGAAUGCAGCAGUGGAAUCUGUGACGAGGCAUCCUGCAUCAACAGCGGUACCUGCACUGCGAGCAAAGCAGACUCGUAUAUUUGCCUUUGCCCUCUUGGAUUUAAAGGUCACCACUGUGAAGAAGCACUCGCCUUGGCCAUACCUCAGUUCAACGAAUCCUUAAGAUCAUUUGCUAGCACACCCUGGCCCUUGGAACCACAGAACUAUCUUUCCUUCAUGGAGUUUGAGAUGACAUUUCGUCCAGAUUUAGAGACUGGUGUCCUUUUGUACAGCUAUGACACAAACAGCAAGGAUUUCCUCUCCAUCAAUAUGGUGGCUGGUUACGUGGAGUUCAGAUUUGAUUGCGGCUCAGGAACGGCAGUCAUCAGGAGUGAAGAACCUGUCAGUCUGGGUCAGUGGCAUGAGCUGCGAGUUUCUCGCACUGCGAAGAAUGGUAUCCUACAAGUGGACAAACAAAAGCCAGUAGAAGGCAUGGCAGAGGGGGCUUUCACACAGAUUAAGUGCAGCUCCGAGAUAUUUCUUGGUGGAGUCCCCAGUUAUGACACGGUGAAGAAGAACUCUGGGAUCCUUAGACCCUUCAGUGGGAGCAUUCAAAAGAUUAUUCUGAAUGACCGAACAAUUGAUGUGAAGCAGGAUUUCACUUUUGGAGUCAACCUGGUAAAUGCUGCCCACCCCUGUGUGAGCUCACCAUGUGCAAAUGGAGGCAGCUGUGUUCCCAAGAAGGACAGUUACGAAUGUGACUGUCCCCUGGGGUUCGAUGGACAGCAUUGCCAGAAAGCCAUUACAGAAGCAAUUGAAAUCCCACAAUUUAUUGGUCGUAGUUACCUCAUAUAUGAUAAUCCAGACAUCCUGAAAAGGGUAUCAGGAUCAAGAACAAAUGUUUUCAUGAGGUUUAAAACCACCAUGAAGGAAGGUCUUUUAUUGUGGAGGGGAGACAGUCCUAUGCGACCUAAUAGUGAUUUCAUUUCUCUUGGCCUCCAAGAAGGAGCAUUAAUGUUCAGCUACAACUUAGGCAGUGGCGUUGCUUCCAUAGUGGUAAAUGGCUCCUUCAGCGAUGGCCGAUGGCACCGUGUCAAGGCUGUUAGAGAUGGGCAGUCUGGCAAGGUAACUGUGGAUGAUUAUGGAGCCAGGACUGGUAAAUCCCCUGGAAAAAUGAGGCAGCUAAACAUCAAUGGAGAUCUCUAUGUAGGAGGCAUGAAAGAGAUAGCCCUGCACACCAACAGGCAGUACCUGCGUGGGCUGGUGGGCUGCAUCUCACACCUCACUCUGUCAACUGACUACCACAUCUCACUGGUGGAGGAUGCGGCCGAUGGGAAGAACAUCAACACCUGUGGGACCAAGUGACAAGAGAAGAGCCCGGGUGGCGAGGACCUGUCCUGUGCUUGUGUGUGCAGCUGAAAGCCAGCUGCCUGCUGCAGCCCUCGACGGCCGGGCCACAGUUGCCAUCCGGGAAGAUGACAGAGCCAAAGGGGAUACCCUAAAAAACAUUUUCCCUCUCCUUUCCUCUGCUGACCAGACCAAACGGAGUGUUUUAUAUAGGAGCCGUCCCUUUUCCCGCUGCGUGUUUAGUGAGCGCUAAAGAUUGUGUGUUGGUGCAAAAGGCAAAAAACUGUGUGAUGUUGUAAGUAGCUCAGUGGCUGUGUUGUGGUCCAUUGGUAUCUUUUUUAUGUCAAAAAGAGCAGUCUUUAAACACCUGCAUUCAUUCCAUCUUGCAGUGGUACAAUAACUAUAUUGUGCAACAAAAACACAAGCAGAAAACGUAUCUGUGCAUUCAGAUGUAUGUCUCCAUAUACGUACUUCUCUGAUUUAGCUAAGUUAUGUUUCAUCCUGUGUAAAUAACACCUGCAGUGGCUGGUUUCAAAAUGUUGUUGUUUGUUGAGGAGGAAGGUUCUUAAAGUCUACUUUUUUACUACAAGCAACAAAAUACAAUGGACCAAUUUUGUAGAAGUAAUUUUAUACUUUGAUAUUUUUUAUAGCAGCAGCAGACCUGCUUAUGUGGUAUAACUUUUAACAUUUAAGUGUACUACACAAUUAGCUCUUUGCACACUUUUCAAAAAACAGAAAAGUGACCUGUGGUUUCAGCUGGUUAUACAGAAGGAUCGAUAUUAUACAGUUUUUGUUGGGGAUAUUUGUGAAUUAUAAUCAAUUUUAAAUCUCUUUUUUUUGUUGUUUGUUUUGUUUUGUAAAUUUUGACAGCUUAAAAUUGUACAUUAUGAAGUUUUCCUGGCUGAACAGAUUAAAAGUUUAGGAGAAAAGAGAUUAAACUUUU